CUAUCUCCCCUGGGGAGCAGCGAGAUGAGCGUAGGGCCAGAGCGGCCGGAAGUGAGUCUAGCAGGAGGCACGCCUGCCGCGCUGGCCGUGUUGGAGGUGCUGGCGUUGUAUCGCCUCUAUUUCCCCUGUGGUAUUUUCUUCUAGGGAUCGGGAAAGAGCAGGCCCCAGAUGGACUCUGGGAAGGACGAGGAAAAUCGGCCACAGCCCUCAGGACCACCCACCAGGAAGAAGUUUGUUAUCCCACUGGAGGAAGACGAGGUGCCUUCACGGGCCAAGCCCUUAUUCAAAUCAUCACGGAACCCCACCCCCACAGCAACCUCCACCCAUUCCGCCCCUCUGACCUACGCAGAGUACACCAUUGCCCAGCCUCCAGGAGGGGCUGGGGCCACAGUGCCCACAGGCUCUGAACCUGCGACCGGAGACAGCCCCAGCCAGACUCUGAAAGCAGGAACAAAGUCCAGUAGCAUCAUCGUGAGCCCGCGGCAGAGGGGCAACCCCGUGUUGAAGUUUGUUCGCAGUGUGCCCUGGGAAUUCGGUGAGGUGACUCCUGAUUAUGUGCUGGGCCAGAGCACCUGCGCCCUUUUCCUCAGCCUCCGCUACCACAACCUGCAUCCAGACUACAUCCAUGAACGGCUGCAGAGCCUGGGGAAGAACUUCGCCCUGCGUGUGCUGCUGGUCCAGGUGGAUGUGAAAGAUCCCCAGCAGGCUCUUAAGGAGCUGGCUAAGAUUUGCAUCUUGGCUGACUGCACCCUGGUCCUGGCCUGGAGUGCAGAGGAAGCAGGGCGGUACCUGGAGACCUACAAGGCGUAUGAGCAGAAGCCUGCCGACCUCCUUAUGGAAAAGCUGGAACAGAACUUCCUAUCACGGGCCACUGAGUGUCUGACCACUGUGAAAUCUGUGAACAAGACCGACAGCCAGACCCUCCUCACUACAUUUGGAUCCCUGGAACAGCUCAUCACCGCAUCACGGGAGGAUCUAGCCUUGUGCCCAGGCCUGGGUCCCCAGAAGGCCCGCAGGCUUUUUGAAGUACUACAUGAACCCUUCCUCAAAGUGCCCCGAUGACCCCCUGCCACCGAGGCCCCGUGUCACACAAUAAAGCAUUUCCAUGCCCAG